CCUCAAUAUUUUCAUCUACACAUGAGUGCAUCAUUCAACUGGCAGCACUCUGUGGCUAAAUUUUGCAAAUGCGUACCAGUAAUCAAAGAGCUGUGAUCCGGGCUACCAGGGAAAUAGCCACUCGGUACAAUACUGUGAAAAAUCGACCGUGUUCGACUUCAGAGCCUGAUCAGCCACAGGGCACAUGUACCACCCACUUGUAGAUGUUAGAUGACAUGUUGCGCAAUAGUAUUGCAAUCCUCCAUGGCAACUCCAUCUUGAAAAGUACAAAAACCAGGACAGGAACUUCCAACCAUGGCGAUUGCUAAAAAAGACUUGUGUCCAAGCAAUUAAAUUGGCGUCUUGGUACCAUGGGUGGCAUGCCACAACAGAGAUGCGCAACGCAUGCCACCACAGCUGAGAAACCAGAGGGGCCUGAAAUUUCCCUUUCUUAUACAAGGGAAUGUUGCAAUGUUCCCAAACCCUGUCAACACCUCCCCCAGUGGGGACCCCCACUCAAUCCAACCCCCAGCUCUUGAAGGAUCACAAACAUUUCUUAUCUAUUGCUCAC